CCAAGACCUGCCACCACAUAACCGCUGGAUCCUGCGCACACCAAUGGCAAACCACCAGUAGUAGUGCACCCUGCCUCUCCAUUUUCCACGAGCUGUGAGAUAUAUAAGGGAUCCUGGAUGGACCUGGGUGAUAAUAGCUGGUCUAUGGUCAAACGCGAAGUGUCAAGCAGCAACCCAGGGUCUCCGACUGAGCAGAGCUACCUGAACACUGACCGGAGGGACCGGUUGAGAUCACCGGCGCCGGCUCACCUGGAGGCGGUGGGAACUCGUCGCGCCGAGGGCAGGCCCUUACACUCCUACGGGCACUUUGGGCAUCCCAACAACGCCCUGCCCAAUUCAGACGACGUUACACUCUUUACGGACCUAGACCAAAGCAACAAACUCAUCAUCUCAGGUGGACACACCAGGGAGGCACACAAGGGAGGCCUAAUUGUGGAUCCCACCGACAUGUAUCAGACUCUAGCCAUCGCCGCGGCCCAGAGUCAGGCCGGGUAUAACGACUCCCCAUCGGCCGGUUAUAUGCACUCCAACCCUAAUUCGCCUGUAUAUGUUCCGACAUCUCGAGUUGGGACGAUGAUACCGAGUUUAUCGUACCUACAACCCAGCGUGUCAUCGCAGCCGAGCCAUGCAGUCAGCAGUCAUUCGGUCUGGUCACAGUCCGCCCCGGAGAGCCCGUCUUACAGCACUGGAAGUCCACAUACAUCCAACCGAUUCCACUACUCCCCUAGUCCGCCGAUGAAUAACGGCACAUCAAGGGACACCAGCUAUACCAAUCCACUGACUGUAAACAGUCGAGACCAGUAUCCAUUACGACCAAUAAGUGGAUCUUACACCAGUCCAUACUCUCCUUAUGCAUCGCAGCUACCGCAGUUACCGGCGGCGUGGCCAGCAGGACCCUUUGAGAACUCCAUGCUUCAUUCCCUGCAAUCCAGAAGCGCACCACUGUCCAUCAGAGGACCAAACGGAGAUUUUCUGGACGAUAUGGUGGAGAGUCGCGAGUGCGUCAACUGCGGCGCUAUGUCCACCCCGCUGUGGAGACGCGACGGCACGGGUCACUUUCUCUGUAACGCCUGCGGUCUGUACAGCAAAAUGAAUGGACUCAGCCGACCAUUAAUUAAACCUCAGAAGCGUAUGUCAUCUUCAAGACGGAUUGGUCUAUCUUGCGCCAACUGCCAAACCAGCACUACAACCCUGUGGCGCAGAAACGCAGAGGGAGAGCCAGUGUGCAACGCGUGUGGACUUUACACAAAAUUACACGGGGUCCCUCGACCCCUUGCCAUGAAGAAAGAAGGUAUUCAGACAAGGAAAAGAAAACCCAAAACCCUGAGCAAAACAAAGGGAUCAUCUGGAAGCAGUUCUGUCCCCAUGACUCCAACUUCCUCCUCGUCCUCUAAUUCAGAGGAGUGCACAAAGAACAGUCCUUCAUCAACGCAGGUGCCUGUAACAUCGGUCAACUCUUCAUCACUGGUGGGCCAAGUUGAUGUUCCAGGCACGACAGGCUCCAUGGUAAAAUACCCAGGCCAUGAGAGUCUCUACACGAAUGUAGGCUUGACGUCCACAGCUGACGUGGCAACCUCUGUGAGAGGGGACACUUGGUGCCCUAUGGCCUUGGCCUGAACCAUGGCAUUAUGGGACGAGAGCCAUGUGCCGUCCUUCAGCUCAUCUGAGCGUCACUUUGCCGUUGUCCUUAAAAUGGCUGGUUCGAGCAGGGUGUGGGGGUUGUCAUCCAUUUUUGGCGCGCUAACGAUCUUUGACCAGAUACCUGUUCCAAAUACUCCAAUGUUUGAUUCACCCGUGGAAUACUCUGACUGGACGUCCAUAAUGGAGAUUAUCAGCACCACUCUGCACUAAAGGACAACACAAGGGAGAGAGUCAGCUUUAAAAUGGCUUCAGGCCAUACCCGCAUGAGCGUUGCUCAAAGGAGUAAGUGGAUCAAAAGUUAUUCUUUGAAGGUAGAUUUGUAUAAAUUAAUGCAAACGGAUACUUUGCCCAUUUGAAAAGUCAAUGUCUUUGUACAGAUUGCGCUGAUAUGAGGAGAAUAAAACGGUUGAUCUUUUAUGAAACUGGAAUUGAAGAUAAAGUAUCAAGGUCUUCUUGUUGAUGAAUGCCAACAUAUUUAUAAAGCUACUGUUGUUCAGACAAUGCAUUUAUUUGUCAAUAAAGAUAAUGUCAAAUAGAUUAGAACUGAAGCCUUUUGUUUUUAGCGUGAUGUCAUCACAGUGUGGAUGCCGCU